AUGUGUGUGCUGCCGCUUCAUGAAGUCGCCGAACGUGGGGAGGAUUUUGUCGAGGAUUCACCAUCUUGCCGCUCAGCACAGAUCGACCCAGGUCUCGAAUCACGGGUCGCGGAGUCGGAAGGUGCGUUGGAUGCAAUGAAACAACUGCUGUUGACGCAGAGAACUUGCGUAUCGGAAUGUUGCACACGGCGACGGAAGGCACGAAAAGAAACCAUUGACCGAAGUUUGAUUCAAUCAAGGCAUGAAGAGUGCGCCCGUACCCUGAACCAGCAGUCUGUUCCGCCUUCUCCGGCCUGCAACGAAGUCAAGCAAAAGGAUCGGACGUUGACAGCAUUCGAAGAUCACAAGGUUGCUUCCGGCGCCAACAUAUACAAAUGCUGUACCCAAGUCGACAACCUCUCUCCCCGUGUUGACAACCAUGAUAAGCGAGGGUUUGACGCACUUGAAUGAGUCGAGUCACUCCAUGGCCAAAAGUGAUGACAAGAUUGCCGAUGCCCGUCACACAGUUGGUUCAAAUUUUUGGUCGAUGAUUCAUCGGUGUCCCCACAUAAGCGCCUCGCUGAUCUACUGGGUUUCGUUGCACACGUGGAAGCCGUAGCUAGACGUGAUCAAUUGUUGAACCAUCAAAACCUUUGUCAACAUCUUUUUAGUGGUCACAAUUCUAACAUGUCUACGGUGUGGAUCCUGACCGCCCGCCUGAUGGCUGUAUCAAAAAAUGAUGUGGGCUUUCACUUUGUCUGUUGUCGUUUCCUUAGGCUCUGGAUGGAUCACUUUUGCAUUGUGGAUUGGUACAUUUGAUUCUGUGACAGUAUGCAUAGAUUGGAAUUGAAGCCAAUUCAUCUGUGUUUUUCAGUUUGGAGUCGAGACUUCUUUGGGACACCAGGGAAAAGUUGUCUAGCACCAACAAUUGGCUUUCAUUUUCCCUUUUCGUCCAACUAUCGUUUGUUGAACACCUUACACCCAUUCUUCUUUACGCUUCACAGCUCACAGCUUUAGUCACAUAUUGGUGCUCUUUUACACACAGAUCCAACACAUUUGAGAUACUAGAGUAAACUUCUCCAUUGCGCUGUCAACUGUUGACCAGAGGAAACUCCACAAAUGCAGAGGAAUUGCCCUCUCUACUAGUACUUGCGAAGUUUGUGUGUAAAUGGGCCACACUGUACGGCAUGCUAACCACUCACCCAAGGACCCAGGAAAAGGUAGACUGCCUCCCCAUGAACCAGUAGGCUUUUAAGCUGGGCUGUAGGGGGGGAACAAGAGACGUGGGUCUUGUCGGUCCUUAGAGCGGGGCAUGAGUCGCAGACAGGCGGCUCCCAGAAGCACUGCAGCAGGCGUCUGCGACUCGAAGUCACAAAGUACCACAAUUUGGGCUCAUAACCUGCGAACUGAGGUCGAUGUGAAGGAUGACAUGGUGGGGAGUUCGACGUAAAAGUGUGAACUAAAAUAGAGGGGAA